AUGAGUGUAGAGGGUGAUGACAAGCGAACUCGCACUCGGUCCAAAGGAAUCAGAGUUCCUAUUGAGCUCGUAGGACAAGAGCUGAGCUGCCCCACCCCUGGAUGCAAUGGCUCCGGCCAUAUCAGUGGGAGAUACUCACGACACAGAAGCAUUCUCGGCUGCCCCAUCGCGAGAAAGCGCCGCCUGGAGGAAGCAGAAGCCGAGCAGGAGCAGGAACAAGAUUCGGAGCGUCCCGCCUCCAAGAGGAAGUCCCAUCCUCUGAAACUAGCCCUGGACGAGGGCUUCAGUGCAGAGAGUGACGCCAGCAGCGAGGCCGAGGCCGAGGCCGAGAAGGAUGGAGAGAAGCCAGAGGAGGCCAAGGAGGUGGAGGAGGAAGAGGGGGAUGCAGGUGUAGAAGAAGAAGAGGAGGAGGAGGAGGAGAAAGAAGAAGAGGUGACAGAAAACCUCCAGCAGGAUGAGAAGACAAACAGACCAGAGGAGGAGACACAGCAGAAGGAGGAGGAGGAGGAGACGCUUCAGAAGGAGGAGAAGUUUGCUUCAGAUGAAGAGGAGGAGUGUGUGAUCAUCGAGGCCCCUGCUGCCGCCGCCGCCGCCGCCGAGGAGGCCCGGUCGCCUUCGCAGAGCGCCGAGGAGGUGGCCAACUCGCUCCUCCACCUGGGCCGAGUCUCCGGCAACAAUGCUCCGAGUGUGGCCAUUCAGCAGACUGUUGCUAUGGAGACUGAAGAGGAUGUCAGCACGGCAGCCGAACAGGGUGAAGAAGUAAAGGACGAGCAGGAGGGGUGCAUGAAUGAGGGGGAAGAGGCGGAGGAGGAGGAGGAGGAGGAGGAGGAGGAGGAGGCACACAGAGUUCAAGUACCGGAGGAGUCAUCUGUUGUGCAGAAGGAGGCAGCUGACGUGGAAGAUGAACUGCGCGAUGAAGACGCCAGCGACCACGUGAGCCGAGAGUAUCCGACCGAAGGUGUCCACUGUGAACAGAUCAAAGGUGAAGAGGAAGAGGAGGAAGAGAUGGUAGUGCCAGUGCAACACAUGCAGGAUACUCCAGCAGAGGAUGAGGGGGACGAGGAGAAGGAUGAAGAGGAGAACACGGACCACGUUCUGCCCGUUUCUGAUGUGCCAACUGCCAUCCGCACCAUCACCAGCACCGCAGCAGCUCAGGGAACACACAUCAAGACUGAAGACCACAGGGCCAGUCCUCUGGAGGACUACAACUCCCACACCGCAAACCCCCUGGAGAACUACAACCCCAACAGAGCCAGUCCGCUUGACAAAUAUGACUCUCAUAAGCCCAGCUCGCUCCAGAACUACAAGGCCAGCCCUCCUCUGAGCUACAGCUCCCACAGGGCCAGUCCGCUGGAGGACUACUUCCCCAUCCCCAGAGGUGAGAACUAUAAAAUCCACAAGGCCUCGUCCUCAGCUUCCCCCGACAUCAUCGAGGUGCGGUCGGACAGGUCGGAGGAGAAGGACUUCGAUGACGUGGACGGAGACGACGAGCGCGAUGACGAAGACAGCCUGUCGCAGCGCUCCACGGUGACGGACGAGUCGGAGAUGUUCGACAUGACCCGAGGGAACCUGGGCCUGCUGGAGCAAGCCAUCGCCCUGAAGGCAGAGCAGGUGAAGCCGGCCGGGCCCAGAGAGCUGCUCCGCGCCCCAGAUAUCCACCACCAGCGAUACUUCACCAUGGAGGACAGGCCCAAGCACCUGGACGUCAUCCGCAAGAGCUACUUCAGCAAAGAGAGCAGCAGGCCGGAGAAGAGAGAGAUCAAGUGUCCCACGCCGGGGUGCGAUGGGACGGGCCACGUGACCGGGCUUUACCCCCACCACCGCAGCCUGUCAGGCUGUCCGCACAAGGACAGGAUCCCCCCGGAGAUCCUGGCCAUGCAUGAAAAUGUGCUCAAGUGUCCAACUCCCGGCUGCACCGGUCAGGGCCACGUCAACAGCAACCGCAACACACACCGCAGUCUUUCCGGUUGCCCCAUCGCUGCCGCAGAGAAGCUGUCCAAGGGCCACGAUAAGCCGCAUCUCUCCCAGCCAGGCAGCGAGCACCUCAAAGGAAGUCCCAACGACAGAGUGCUGAGGCCCAUGUGUUUCGUGAAGCAGCUGGAGGUGCCUCAGUACGGCAGCUACAGGCCCAACAUGGCGCCCUCCACGCCUCGCGCCAACCUGGCCAAGGAGCUGGAGAAGUACUCCAAGGUGUCCUUCGAUUAUGCAAGCUUCGACGCCCAAGUGUUCGGGAAGCGCACGCUUGCUCCAAAGAUGCCCACCAGCGAAACCUCACCCAAAGCCUUCAAAAGUAAGACAGAACCGGCCGGCUUCUUCCAGUUCUCCAAGUUUAUUAACCCGCUGAACCCAAGCUUGAACGACAUGUUAUUUAUUUAAAAGUGCCAAAAUUAAACCAUUUAUCAAGGCAGGACACUGGAGGUUUCACCAGAAAAAAAGCUUAAAAUUGUGGUUUUAAAUCAAAAAUACCGUUCCAUUUCAAGUUUCACCAAAAAUAAAGAAAUGGACAUCGAGGUGGAUGAGAACGGCACCCUGGACCUGAGCAUGAAGAAGCCCAUCAAACGGGAGGGCAGCCUGUCCGGCACCAGCCCCGGAGUUCGGUCCCCGGACCCUUCGUCCUCUUCCUCUUCCUCGCUCCACCACGGAGGGAGCAGCGGGAUGACGUCACCGAACCUGCACAGCUACAAGCAGGAGGACUGGGAGGGACCUCUGGACUACACCAAACCCAACCGCCAGCGGGAGGAGGAAAUGGACGAGAUGGAGCACACUGGCCAGUCGUACGUCUCCUCAGACCUGGAGGACUGUGACAUGAUGCAGGAUUGUCUGGAGGACAGGAAGUACCCGGGAGAGGUCACAACCCCGAGCUUCAAGGUCAAGUUUCAGCCCAAGGACGCCAAGAAAGAGCUGCUCUCCUGUCCUACACCCGGCUGUGACGGCAGCGGACACAUCACUGGAAACUACGCGUCCCAUCGAAGUCUGUCUGGGUGUCCUCUCGCUGAUAAGAGCCUUCGGUCCCUCAUGGCGGCCCACACCCCUGAACUCAAAUGCCCGACCCCAGGAUGUGACGGCUCCGGUCACAUCACAGGAAACUACGCCUCUCACAGAAGUCUCUCUGGGUGCCCGCGUGCCAAGAAAAGUGGAAUUAAAACUCCUACCAAGGACAACCAGGAGGACUCCGAGCUUUUAAAAUGUCCGGUGCCGGGAUGCGACAGCCUGGGUCACAUCAGCGGGAAGUACGCGACGCACCGCAGCGCCUACGGGUGUCCGCUGGCCGCCCGCCGCCAGAAGGAGGGUCUGCUGAACGGGACGCCCUUCAACUGGAAGGCCUUCAAGACAGAGGGGCCGACCUGCCCCACGCCGGGGUGUGACGGCUCCGGACACGCCAACGGAAGCUUCCUCACGCACCGCAGCCUCUCAGGAUGCCCCAGAGCCUUGUACGCCAAGAAGAAGGCCAAGUUCCCCACAGAGGACUACCUGAGCACCAAGUUCAGAGCCAGUGACGUUUUGGACAACGACGAGGACAUCAAGCAGCUCAACAAAGAGAUCAACGACCUCAAUGAAUCCAACAACGAGAUGGAGGCCGACAUGGUCAACCUGCAGACUCAGAUCUCCUCCAUGGAGAAGAACCUGAAGAGCAUCGAGCACGAGAACAAGAUGAUCGAGGAGCAGAACGAGGCUCUGUUCAUGGAGCUGUCCGGCCUGAGUCGCGCCCUGAUCCGCAGCCUGGCCAAUAUCCGCCUGCCGCACAUGCAGGAGCCAAUCACUGAGCAGAACUUCGACAGCUACGUGAGCACCCUGACCGACAUGUACACCAACAAGGACUGCUUCCAGAGCCCCGAGAACAAGGCUCUGCUGGAGAGCAUCAACAAAGCCGUGAAGGGCAUCAAAGUCUGA